UCACCCACCCCGCCAAGCAGGAUCCCAUUCGGCGACUCAAUGGCUCACUCCGAAUCCUCGUCUGGCUCCGAGAGCCCGGCGCCCGUGGUCAAUGGCGACAAGAGCAGGCGAAGCAAGAGCAAGAACAACAACAACAACAACGGCAAGAAGCGGUCGCGAGAGGGAGACCCCAAGGAUGCUGCCAGUGACGCCGAUGCUAACGGUGCGCAUCCGCUCGGAGAGCGCCGCUCGAGCGUCAGCAAACCUGCGCGGGACUUCCGGGACAAGCCGGAGCCGCCGCCCAAGAAGAAGAAGAGAAAGACGCCGGCACCGGCCGCCCCCGCCCCCGCCGUAAAGGAAACGCCGACGGCCGAGGAAGCCGCCGAACAAUCGACCCGGUCUCCGAGCCCCGUCAUCGAUUUCGACGGCCUGAGCCGGCCCAGCGUCGGGACGCGGAAGCGCGUAGAUGAGGACGACGAGCAGAAACAAGCCCGGCUGGAGCGCAUGAAGGGUGCCGUCCGGACGCUCCUCGAGUGCGUCGGCGAGGACCCCGACCGCGAAGGCCUGCUCGCCACGCCCGACCGCUACGCCAAGGCCAUGCUGUACUUUACCAAGGGCUACCAGGAAAACGUGCGCGACAUUGUCAACGGCGCCAUCUUCCAGGAGGGCCACAACGAGAUGGUCAUUGUCAAGGACAUUGAGGUCUUCAGCAUGUGCGAGCACCACCUGGUUCCCUUCACCGGCAAGAUGCACAUCGGCUACAUACCCUCCAACGCCGUCAUCGGCAUCUCCAAGCUGCCGCGCAUUGCCGAGAUGUUUGCCCGCCGACUCCAGGUCCAGGAGCGCCUGACCAAGGAGGUGGCCAACGCCGUCAUGGAGGUUCUCAAGCCCCAGGGCGUCGCCGUCGUCAUGGAGUCGAGCCACCUGUGCAUGGUCAUGCGCGGCGUCCAUAAGACCACCAGCACCACCAUCACCAGCUGCGUCCUGGGCUGCUUUGAGCGAAAGGAAAAGACCAGGAACGAGUUUCUGAGCUUGAUCGGCGUCAACCGCUGAUGAUGCCCAUGUUGUUCUACAACGACCGGGGCGGCCGGGCCGUGCCAAGCAUUGAACGGGAUAUGCGAGGCGGGGGACGUACAAUGAGGGAAGCCCCGGAUCUGCGCCCACCAUCGUUUCAGUAAUAUACAAACGCCGGGGAAUGCUCGGUUGAAAUCUUCUUCAUCGCCUUCAUGAGACUUUUCUCACUACCUUCCCAACCUCACCCUUCUCGACGGCCUCCACCCUAGCUUUUACCACUCUCCAGACCUCUUCGGCAACCUCCUCGACCGACGACCCGGCAUCGAUGACGUGGAGGUCUUCCUCCUCCUGUCUGAAGCGGUACUCGACGCCCGUCAGAGGUUGGGUGGUGGGCGGUCCCACGGCGAUCUCCUCCCUGGGACCGACAGCGCCAUCCUCGGCGAUGACGGUAGCCGUUCCGAUCUUGCC